AUGGACAUUAAUUUGUUUACUUCUAAAAUCCACGAUAUAAAAGGAAUACCACCUUAUGAAGGCUCAUCUAUCUAUCUAUCUAUCUAUCUAUCUGAACUACUGAUAUCUAUCUAUCUAUCUAUCUAUCUAUCUAUCUAUCUAUCUAGGGCCUGUUUCUUUCUUUCAUUCUUUCUUUCUUUCUUUCUUUCUUUCUUUCUUUCUUUCUUUCUUUCUUUCUAUUUAUCUAUAACAGCCUGUUUCUUUCUUUCUAUCUAUCUAUCUAUCUAUCUAUCUAUCUAUCUAUCUAUCUAUGCUAUAUCUAUACAUGGGACUAAACGGACAUCAUAUCUAUGGCAUACCAGAAUUAAGAGUAUCUACAGUGAUAGAUAUUGCAUAUUAGACUAUCUAUCUAUCUAUCUAUCUAUCUAUCUAUCUAUCUAUCUAUCUAUACGCAUAUCUUUAGCUAUUUAUAUGUAUCUACCGCUAGUGACUUUAUCUAUCUAUCUAUCUAUCAAAUACGCAUAUAAAGAUUUUUUUUACUUUUUUUAUACCUGGUGGAUAUUGCCAAAUAUUAGAAAAUCUAUCUAUCUAUCUAUCUAUCUAUCUAUCUAUCUAUCUAAUGGAUGUCAUAACAAGGGAGCUAACUCGCUCCCUAAAUGGAAACCAACUCAUGCGCUUUGA